AUGGUCACGCUCCCAGAACCAUUUGCUUCUAUCCCGAGACUACCUCUGACUUUCUCUACGCCGCCUGUGAUCGAGCCCCUGGAUAGAUUAUCAUCUCACCUCGGUCGGAAUGCGAAGUCUCCAGUCCGCCUAUAUGUCUGUCGCGAGGACAUGAACAGCGGUCUUGGGGGAGGUGGUGGCAACAAGCUGCGCAAGUUGGAAUAUGUGCUUGCUGAUGCGGUUUCUCAAUCGCCACGGCCAGAAUACCUCGUCACAGAGGGCGGGAUCCAGAGCAAUCAUGUCCGCCAAGUUGCCGCAGCAGGAGCAAAGUUGGGCUUCAAAUCUGUCCUAAUCGUUGCCGACAGAGUCCCAGAGAGGACAGCCAGCGCAAACUCCAUCAUUAGCAAUAAUUACAAGGAGCAGGGGAAUGUGCAGCUUACUGAUCUCAUGUCUGCAACAAGAGAGAUCGAACCAGGGACUACUGCGAAGGAACUUUUAAAUACCAGUCAAGCAUAUUGGAUACCGUCCGGGGCCUCGAUACAUCCGCUUGGUGGAUUGGGCUACGCAAGAUGGGCUUUUGAGCUUAUGCAGAAAGAAGAAGAAAUGGGCGUGUUCUUCGAUUCUAUCGUUGUCCCCUCCAUGUCUGGAAGCACAAUCGGUGGUAUGGCGGUGGGCUUCGCACUAGCAGAGCAAAUUCAAAAGCAAAAGGGGGAGACACCUCGCCGACGAAGAUUGAUAGGUGUGGCAGCGGGCCCGAAAUCCAAGGAGAGCUUCGUGGAACUCGUUUCGGGCAUCAUAAAGACAGCCGGCACCAAGAUUGGGCUUGAAGACCAGAGUCCAGCUGAUGAGAGAUUCGAGGUUGACCUCAGGUGGCAUGGCGGCGGGUAUGGAAAGUUAGAUGAUAGGACCAAAGAGCGCAUCAAGCUUGCGGCGAGUACUGAGGGAUUGAUUACUGAUGCUGUGUACUCUGGGAAGGCUUUGACGGGAGUUUGCGAAAUGGUAGAAGCAGGGGAGCUCGAGGGGAAUGUUUUGUUUGUACACACGGGAGGCGUACUUUCUCUGAGUGCGUAUCCUGACUUGCGAUGA